AUGGCCGGCAUGGUUGCCGCCAUGAACGACCCCUUCAUCGUCAUGACGGACUGCAGCUCUCUGGGGUUCGCCCGGGUGGUAUGGGACUUUAUCGCCUUGAAAAUCAGCCAGUACCGAAACGACGGAAACGGGCAUUGCUUCUUCGUUUUUCACCCUGAUAACGCUUGGAUGGGCGCGUUUGUGAGGCUGGAGAGGGCGGAGGGACAGCUCCCGCCCGAGUUUAUAGGUGUUGCGCACGACCUCUUUGUGCUCUGCAGAUGGAUGCUCUGCGUCAGGGUGGCGCUGGUUCAAGCCAUGGGAGAUGCUGGCAAGGGGAUCCGGUUCCAUAUUCUGAUACCGAGCUCUGAGCCGUUGGUCAUCCCGCGGCCGUUGAGCUUCAUCGAUGCCUUGUAUCCGUUGACACUCGAAGGGCCAACCAGGCGAGGGCAGACGCUCGUCUGGCUGCGCGUGGUGCCGGAAUCGGCGGGCGUGCUCAAGGAUAUCGGGGCUGUGCCGUCGCCGUGUCCCGUUGGCGCAGAGCGAAAGGCCUGUGCUGCUGUGUGUAUCAUGUGGAUUGUUGCUUCUCCUGCGCUUGUCAUGGUCUGCAAGUUGGUCUGCUCGCCGAGGACCCCGUUUUACAUGGCGCUAUCUUUGACGACUGUUUUCCAUGGCUUGGCUUUGGUCGCCACGCUGUGGUUCAAACGGGAGGUGAGGGACUAUUAUCUCCAGGAAGACGUGCCGGCAGUGUUGGGAUGA